AUGAGGAGAGAAAUCAAGUCACUCUCCAAACAAUUCAAAAAUGCCCCAACAGAGGAAAGGGAAGGCAUCAAGGACCUAACAAGUCAAAUCCGGGAUCGUUUAAGCAGACUCAGAAGAGCAGAGAGCUUACGAAAGAAAAGGAGGGACAGAGAGAAGAAGCGGGCACAGUUCAUUAAAGACCCUUUCCAAUUCACUAGAGCACUUCUAGGUGAGGCAAAAUCUGGAAAGCUGACCAGCCCGAGAGAGGAAGUGGAGGCAUUCCUGGAGGAGACCCACAGUGAUAGCUUCAGGAAUCAGAACCUGGAAGGUAACCCACCCAUCAGCAGCGUAGAGGCCCCCAAAAAGGAACUCAAUAUCAAUGAACCAACAUGGAAAGAAGUCCAGGAGUUUAGGCUGUAUGUGCAAGAGGAAGUGAUCCCGUCGGUGGAGGAAAACCCAAUCAAGUGUCUCGGAAAGUGGUUUGACAACUCACUGGCCGACCGAAACAACAUGGUCAAUACAGAGAAGCAGACAGAGGAAUGGUUGAGGAGUAUCGAAAAGUCAGGACUUCCAGGGAAAUUUAAAGCGUGGCUCUAUCAACACGGGCUGCUGCCAAGGCUCACAUGGUUACUGACUGUGUAUGAAGCCCCAAUGACAAGCGUGGAAGGGAUGGAGAGGAAAGUCAAUAAGUAUCUCCGGAAGUGGCUGGGGAUUCCUCCAAGCUUCACGUCAGUAGGCCUGUACAUAAGAUCAGGACAACUUCAACUUCCUUUGACAUCCGUGGUGGAGGAGUUUAAAGUUGCCAAGUGCAGAGUCAUCAUGACCUACCGAGACUCCCCCGAUGAUCAAGUCAGACACGCAGGGAUCGUCACGAGAUCCGGCCGCAAAUGGGGAGCUGAGGCAACGGUCACACAGACGGAAAGCAUGCUGAAGAUCCGUGACAUCAUUGGGGCACCAUGCACAGGAAGACAGGGUCUUGGAACAUCCCAUUUCCAACAGUGGAGCAAGGCAGGAACUAGGGAAAGAAAAGUGAUGAUUCAGGAGGAGGUUAGUAGUUUGGAGAAGGAAGGGCGAAGGUCAAAGGCUGUGGCACUAUCUUCCCAAGGAGCCUGGACCAAGUGGGACCUCCCCAAGCGUAAGAUCACUUGGGCAGAGCUUUGGAGGCUGGAGCCGUUUCGUAUCUCCUUCUUACUGCGAUCAGUGUAUGACACACUCCCGACCCCAGCAAAUUUGCACAGGUUGGGGCUAUCUGAGAGCCCACUGUGCAAGCCCUGCGGGGAGAAAGGGACCAUGGCGCAUAUCCUGUCUGGGUGUAAAAUUGCACUGGCCCAAGGAAGAUACAGGUGGCGCCAUGACAAGGUGCUCAUGACACUUGCUCGUGGGUUCCCUGCCCAGUCUGUAUGGUGA